AUGAAGUCUCUUCGUUUCCUGGCCGCCGAGGGCCUGAUCCAGACCCAGACCCAGACCGGUCCAGGUCCAGGUCCAGGUCCAGACCCGGACCUCUGCGGGGUCUCCUUUAACCUGUACCCGCUGCUCUUUAAGGCCUGCUUCCUGCACGAGCGGCCGGGGCUGCUGCACACGCUGGUCAGGGGCUGGCCCCUCCCGGAGAUCAGCGUCCAGAAGCUGCUGGGGGCUAACGCCGACUGCCCAGAAGACCUCACCUCCUGCACCUGCCGGCUCUGUGUGGAGGCGCUCCUCACCGGGCUCAAGGAUUACGUGUUGUCCCCUUCGAGUACCUACUCCAGGACCCUUGGGGUGGUGGACCUGACGGGCUUCAGGGACGCGGAGCAGCCCCUGUGCCCCUGCGGCUGCAGCCUGGGCCGGUGGGGCCGGACCCAGCUGCUGACCCAGAUGUGCUGCGAUAUCGCGGAGGCCCUGCAGGCCCCGGACGCGCCCCUGCAGGCCUUCCGGACGUCCGUGCACGUGCUGCUGAACGGGUUCGUGACGGGAAGGAGCUACGAGGUGGUGGCCCAGGAUUACGUGUUGACCCCUUCGAGUACCUACUCCAGGACCCUUGGGGUGGUGGACCUGACGGGCUUCAGGGACGCGGAGCAGCCCCUGUGCCCCUGCGGCUCCAGUUUGGGCCGGUGGGGCCGGACCCAGCUGCUGACCCAGAUGUGCUGCGAUAUCGCGGAGGCCCUGCAGGCCCCGGACGCGCCCCUGCAGGCCUUCCGGACGUCCGUGCACGUGCUGCUGAACGGGUUCGUGACGGGAAGGAGCUACGAGGUGGUGGCCCAGCUGCUGGACCUGGGGAACUGCGGCCUGGGCCGCGUGGACAUGGCCUACCUGUGCAACAGCCUCCACAGCGAGAGCCUGGUCCGGCUGGACCUCAGCGGCCACCACCCGCUGGCCUCCUUCCCCUCCUGUUUCCACAAGCUGCUGACCCGCUGCUCCUCCACGCUGACCGCUCUCACGCUGGAGGAGUGCGGCCUCGCCGAGGAGCAGGUGGACGCCCUCUCGGUCGCCAUGGCGCCCUGCCAGCGCCUGGAGGAGCUGAGGCUUCUGGGUAACCCGCUGACCUCCGCAGGCCUCCAGAGGCUCUUCUCCGCGCUGACCGCCCGCUUCCCCAGGAUGAGGUACGUGGAGAUCCCCGUGCCCCGGGAGUGCUACCCGGAGGCGGUCAGCUACCCGCUGGACGACGGGGAUUUGCUGCUCUACGACCGGGAGAAGUUCAGGGAGAGCAGGGCGCGGCUAAUGGCCGCCCUGGAGGGCGCCGGGCGGGGGGGCGUGGAGGUGUGCACCCCGCUCACGGGCAGCUACGACCCGGACAUCAGCGAGACCAGCAACGAGCUGGGAGCCUCCAUGCUCAAGUCCUUCAACAGCGUGGUCGGGAACUUCAUCAGCACCAUCGCAGACGUGGACGCCCGCAGGUCUCAGGGUCGGGCCGAAGACUGA